AUGGAGGAAUUACGAGGGGGCGCUGAAAAGGGACCAGGGAGGGACUCGGCGUCCGAGGGCGUGGGUCGAGACCCGCGCCCAGCUGCCUCGGCCGCGCUGCCCGGCGAGUCGCUCCGUCAGGAAGCGCCGCUGUCGCAGCUGGCCGUGGUCUGGCCUUCGACGCCAGGCCGGAGUCCUGAUGCAGCACCGCCAGGCGCCGUGCUAGCAGCCGACGCCAGCGCGCGCGGCGGUGCGGCCGGUGCAGUUGCCGCAGCUGGGGCGGCGCCUUGUGCAACGGGCAGCGCGCCGAGAAACCAGAUCCAGGGGGCUGCCGCCUCCUCCUACACCCCGGUCGCGUUUCGGCGCCGGGUAUUUCGGCCGGCCAAUGGGGAGCCGGCGCGGGGCUCGCGUCGCCGCGCGGCGCCUCCGCCGCCGCCAGUCGGGCUCCAACCCACCUCCUGGCAGGUCACUCGUGCUCUGUCUGCGGCCGACUCCCCUCAUCCUCAAGAGCAGCCUGGACGGCGCGCCGUGCCGAUUGCUAAAGUUAGCGCCAACAGAAAUAUAUCGCGGCCGCGAGUCAAAAAUGGCGGCCGGCCGCGCCUGCGGCUGGAGAACGGGGGAAGGGAGGCGGUGACGAUCGUCGCCCGCCGCCCACCGCCCACGCACAACCGCUGGAGACACCCCCGCCGCCGCCCCGCGUAA